GUUCAAGCCAUUCAUGUGAUCCUGGAGAAGCUGAAGCAGCGGACUGACCUGGCUGAAGGCUUUGAUAAAUUGAUUGAUCCAACUAUUUUGGGCUUGAAAAAAUCGAUGCGUGACACAAACAAAAGUUUACAGGAAUUGUGGGAUCUACUGUUGGAAUAAUCUCUUUGCAAAUGGAAAGCCAGGAUUGCGACUACAGUCAAUAUGCAGGAUUAUACCAGCUAUGUAUAAACAUGCAACAUGGUGUUUUUGAGAUUGAGAUUCUGAAAGUAUACUAGCAUACUUAGAAAGUACUGGGAAAAAGCUAACUUUUUUAACAUGCGUUUUCCAUUAUGAUACUUGUUCUUUCAGCAACCACAAAAACAGUUCACAGAUUAUUAAUUAAAAUUCAUAGCACAUUAAUAAAUGAAAAUAAAAUGAAAAUAUAUUUAUGGUUCAGAUCUGUUUUCUUGAAUUAUCUGGCAAGGAAAGUUUAUUUAUGUAGCACAUUUCUUACACAAUUGUAAUUCAAAGUGAUUUACAUAUAUAGGAAUAAAAGAGACAAGAAUAAGAAAAUUUAAAUGAUUAAAAGAAUAACAAUGGUUAAACAGAUGUGUUUUAAGUCUGGAUUUGAAUGUGCCUAAUGUUGGAUUACAUCUGAUCAUUUCUGGAAGCUGAUUCCAGCAGUGAGGGGGGCAGUAGCUGAAGCCGGAUUCACCCUGCUUUGACUGAACUCUUGGAAUUUCUAAUUUCCUUCAUCCUAAUGAUCUGAGUGAUCUGUUAGCAAGAAACAGUUGAUCUGCGUUAAACAGUUCACCAUGUAAUGAUGAUACAAGCCUCUAGACCCCUUGUUUCUCCACUCAGCAUAACACAGAAACAUGAAGACUUUGGCUGUCAUAAGUUUAACUGCAUUUCUCUGCUGCUGUGAUGUGCAGAGUGCAGAACAGUCCCAUAACUUAGAACAGCAAAUCCUCAACUCUGGGACUGUAUUGUUCUUAGACUUUGUGGAAAAAGUCAAGUAUGCAACAGAGAAAUUAAUACAAGAUGAUCAGUUCGCAAAAUCUAGGAUCACAUUCCAAGGAUACAUGAAAGCCUUAAGAGUGUCUGCAAAAGAAAUGAGUAAUCCUGAAAGUGCUGGAGAGAGCCAUGGGAAUUCAGAUAUACCAAUACAGAGAUUUGUUACAGUGGCUGUUGUUACAUUAAGACAAAUGACCAGAGAUGUCUUUGACAGGUUUUUCUCUCCGUAUUUCGAAAUUUACAGCGAGACACUAAAAAAGGUGACAAUAAGAGGCAUCUGGAAAGAAGUGGAUUCAUAUUAUUUUCCAGGCGCUCCACCGAUCAACAGUAAACCCAUGGAGUUCCUCGGUUACCUUAUGGGCAAAGCGGUGGUGAAAUCCCGGAUAGUGAGGAUAGUUGAAGCUGCGGUUGGGGCCAUUGGAAAAGCAGAUAUAAACCAAUUUAAUGAGAACAUGCUGAUGGCUCUGACUCGUUUUAGAAUUAAAGCCAUUGAAAUUUCAUUCUUGGAAAAGCAACAAACAAAUAAUAAUUUCCUUGUAUCAUUAAGAACUGUUUCUGGACUGAUUGUAUUUUACUGGGAUGAAUUUUUAGAAUAUACAGAAAGUCAUUUUUUCAUGAAAAAAUGCUUGGAUUCUGUGACGAAGUGGCAGGAACUGACUCAGCUGAGAAAUCCAAGUGAACAGCAUCAUGUCAUAUUAAAUCUGGAUGUAUGGCGUGAGAUUAGAAAUUGGAUUGAACAUGGUUUUGGCGAUUUCCUUCAUCAAAUAUCUUCCACUUAUUUCUUUCUUGGAACUUCAACUCUUGGUUCUGAGAGAUACGAGCGGUUCAACAGGGCUGUUCUCAUGAGUCCUGUUGUUUACUCUCUUCCGGUUUAUGAAAAACUGUCUGAAGCUGACUUUGGGUUUACUGAGAUCAACAGGUUUCUUAACAGAGUUGACAACGUGAUAUAUAUGCUCAUAGAGGAUUAUGCCAGGGAUAAACAAGAAUCUUUGACGCUGGGCAUUUCUAGAAUUCUUAUUAGAUUUGAUAAAAUCAUCAAAGAGGAGAAAGACCAUGCCAAACCUAAUCCCGAGAGACUGCCUUUACGACUUAUUAGGAGAACGUUUUUAGGUUCGUGGAUGAUGUACCACGAAAUUGAAAAUGAGAUAUAUGUUGAUACAACACAGACUGAAAUAGAGAGUGAAUGGAAUAAUGCGAAGAAAAUCAUCAUUAAUGAGAUGGUGAAAAGUAAAGCAUUUACUCGAAAACAGCUUGAAGAAGCACCAAAUGACUUUGUUGAAGCCCUGCGCCAGUUACUGAAUCAAAUGAAGCAGGAAAAUGACCUGGCUGAAGGCUUUGACGAAUUGAUCGAUCCAAUUACUUUGAGCUUUAAGAGGUGGAUGUACACCACCAACAAAAUAAUAUGUGAAUUCUGGGAACUGCUGUUGGACUAAACUCUGUGAAGGCAAUGGCAGGAUUGUGACUGCUGUCAACAAGCAGUAUCAUACCAGCUAUGUAUAUACAACAAUUAGCCUGCUCUUAUUGAGAAGCAUAGCUGCAUCAAUUUCAGGUUAAUUAUGGGAGUUUUAAAAAAUUAUGCUUUGUGCUGGAAAAAUAGCAGGUUUUUGUGGAAGAUGUUAAUAAUUUCAAAGUAGUCUAGAAGGACCAUCCUGGAGGAGCAAGUGAAACUGAUCAUCAUCAGCAGACAAAAUAAGAGAUUUGCCCAUAUUGGCCAUGGGUGUGGUCCUCUAGUGCACGGGUGGUGUUAUAAACACUGUAUUUAGACACCAGUGGAGGAAAGUAACAAAUUACAAACACUUAAAAGACUGUAAUUGAGUAGUUUUUCUCAGCAGUGGUAUUGUAAGUUCUUCAAUAAAUGUUUACGUCUACUUGUAGUGCUGUAUUCUGUA